AAGUGAUCCCUCCGCUUAUCCCAACAAAGCCACUGAACUUAGUCGCCAUUCUUCUCUGUUCUGCAACUUUGGAUGGGCAACAACAAUGGCGGCCCUUCUGCAAUCUCCACCGUCAGUUUCAUCUAGAUGGACGGCUAUUUUUUCUCCUUGCAGAGUGAGGAGGUGCGAGAAGCUCUGCACAGUGAAUGCAAGGAGGGAAGAUGACUACCAUGCCACUCUCAAAGCUCUUCAGUCGAGGGGACGCACCCCGAGAAAAUCUCUAGGGCAGCAUUACAUGUUGAAUCAUUCCAUAAAUGAGCAACUUGUAAAAGCAGCUGAAGUUAAGGAGGGGGAUGUAGUAUUGGAGAUUGGGCCUGGUACAGGAUCACUAACGAAUGCUUUGGUAAAUUCAGGUGCCAUGGUUGUUGCAAUUGAGAAGGAUCCACAUAUGGCUAUGCAUAUUGGUGAUCGAUUUGGAGACACAGGUAAAGUCAAGGUUCUGCAAGAGGAUUUCACCCGCUGUCACAUACGUCUUCAUUUAAGCUCUUUAUUGGGAUGUGAUGGAUCCACUGGAAAUCGCCCAAACUCUACAAAAGUAGUCGCUAAUAUUCCUUUCAACAUAACAACUGAUGUCGUGAAGCAACUUCUUCCCAUGGGAGACAUCCUUUCGCAAGUUGUCCUUCUAGUGCAGGAUGAAACAGCUUUGCGUUUGGUUGAUGCUUCUCUAGGAACUUCUGAAUAUAGACCUAUCAAUAUUUUUGUGAACUUUUACUCAGAUGCAGAAUACAAGUUUAAAGUGCCAAGGACAAAUUUCUUUCCUCAACCAAAUGUGGAUGGAGCUGUGGUUUCAUUCAAACUGAAGCAACCGGCAGAUUACCCCGAAAUUUCUUCGCCAAAGACUUUCUUCUCAAUGGUGAAUUCUGCCUUUAAUGGGAAACGUAAAAUGCUUCGAAGGUCUCUUCAACACUUUUAUGCAUCUGAUGCCAUCGAAGAAGCGCUCAGUAACAUGGGUCUCCCCACCACUUCACGACCGGGGGAGCUUACAUUAGAGAACUUUGUCAGACUUCAUAAUUUACUUGUAAAACAUUGAACACUUACAUUUUUAUUUUUUUAUUUUUUUGCCUUGUCUCUUUUUGUACCAUAGAAUUCAUUUUAUGUUACUCACCUAUCUUGACCGAGAGAGAGAGUCGUGUUAGAUGUUCC